AUGCAGUUUAAUUCUCCAAUUAAAUGUCAUUCCAGUUUGGCAGCAUCUAUAGCAAUUUUCUGUUCUGUUGGAGUUAUUUUUAGUUGUGGAUUUGUAGGGAUAAUGUUAAUUAAUGAAUUAAAUAUUCUUUACGAAGAAAUUGUUGCUGAUUUGGAAAUAUCUUCGACCAAAAGACGUUCUCCUCGUGAUCUUUAUUUAGCUGAUGAAGUUGAUAAAUGCAAGCCGGGAGAGGCAGGCGUGCCUGGAUUACCAGGAGCUGCUGGUGUUAAUUCACUUUUGGAUGGAAGGGAGGCUGGUUGUAUUCGUUGCCCGACUGGUCCACCGGGCCCAGUCGGCCCGCCAGGUCCUGCUGGAAAGGCUGGCGUCCCUGGACAACCAGGAGUUAAUGGACAUCCUGGAAGAGACGGCCAUCCUGGUAUUCAAGGACCUCAUGGUGAUUUAGGCCCUAUUGGGGAUAGAGGAAAGGAAGGUGAGCCGGGACAGCCCGGCAGAGACGGAUUUACUUCAAAGGGAGAGCCAGGCCCGAAAGGAGAAACUGGGAAAGCUGGUCUGCCUGGAAGGCCAGGAGAAAAAGGGCAGAAUGGUCUUCCUGGUUUGGCAGGACCACCCGGUCCUGCCGGCAAUGCUGGGUUACCUGGAACACCUGGAGUGCCCGGAUUGCCUGGAGAGAGAGGGGCAAAUGGAAUACAUGGAGAAGAUGCAAAAUAUUGUUCUUGUCCGACAACCGGCAAAUAAAAUAUCCAAAUUUUUUUGUACUUUAUUUUUUGUAUUUUCUAUAUUUUUGAGUAAAUUUACCUUGUCAAAAUUCGUAUAUUUUAAAAUAAACUUAAGAAUUAAUGAGAGGAUUAAUGAUUAAUGACAGUAACCCUCUAAUCUUCUAUCUACUUUAAUCCUGCCUUAAUCCCUGUAAAUCCACUGAUAUUCCUUCUAUACUCCAAAACCCUUUGAUCCCCCAAUAUCUAACCCAAACCACUCAACAUUCUUUUUUAGAUGUAAACACAGCUUUCUUUAUUUUUGAACGC